AUGGCGGGCAACGAGAUACCAAUAGAAUUUCGUGCUGCAAAAGUAGAGGAGGACGACGUACUUUCGAGAAUACUUUGCAAUGCAUUCCUUCCGAUAUGGAAUCACAAUUGGUUCCAUGGCGUUUCUGAAGCACUCGCGCCGGUCGACGUCGGCCAGGUUGGAGGGCCCACCCCCUCAAUGACCAGCUCACAAAAGUCUCGCGUCAAGUUUUAUCGAAGCUUGAUCAACGUGACGAGACUGAUUGGGGGAGAUGUGCUAGUCGCCGACAUACCUUCAUCCGAUGCCAGUGGUGAUGCGGAAAAGGACGUUGCAGCCAUUCUUCUAUGGCUUCCUCCGUUCACCAGACUCGGCGGCUUUGACAUAAUUACUUUGUGGAAGUCAGGAUUCUUGGGUCUCGUGCUACCCUGGCACUAUGGCCUCAGAGGCUUGCAUCGCAUCGAUUCGGUCUUCGAGGCAAAUAUCCACUCCAUGUUCUCGAAAACUUUACCGGACCUUCCGCCAAAAGGAUUCGAAGAAAAGGAAUGUGGUUUUGUGCAGAUGAUCGCACGGAACCCCAGAUACACCGGCAAAGGCUACGCUUCGCAGCUGUUGCAAUAUCAGCUAGAGCAACAUUUUGCAAAACACCCAGACGUUCCGGUCAUCCUUGACACGACAACAAAGGAUGCGAUCCGCGCGUAUGAGAGAUUGGGAUUUAAGCUUCUCGCAGAAAAACCGCUCGACACGGGCACGGACGAGACAGGUAUUCUCUUGAAGGGAGCUGUCGAGGAUCAGACACGUCAAAGGAUCAGGGAGCAUUGCGUCCAAAGGAUUAUGGUGAAACUUCCUUGA